AUGGCGGCCAGUCGCCGCAUCAGGGCCGUAAUGCACGGCGCCCAGCGACAAAUGGCUGCCUGCAUCGCUCGGUCCUACAGGACGGUGUCGUAUGCGGCGGUCACGGCCCUCGCGGGCAUGAUCCUGCUGGAGUUCCUAGCCGAAAUGUACGCUGACGUAUAUCGGCGUACAAAGGAACUCCGGCACAAUGGGAGACUUGCCCAGCAAGAACCGGGGGCCGUGAUAAAUAUAAAGAGGCAAGCCCGGAUGAGGGCAAUCAACAGUUGGAUAAACCAACUAAAUGAUCCCAAUAUUCCGGGCCGCCGGACCACCGAGGCCAUCCGGCCCUGCCUUCCAGAAUGGAUGGACAGGGUCCGAGGAGGGCUGACUUAUCGCCUCACGGUGGUGCUCUCCGGACAUGGUUGCUUCGGAAAGUAUCUGUGUUGCAUAGGAAAGAAGCAUACGACACAAUGCCACCACUGUGCGGCUGACCGGGACUCGGCGCAACAUACCCUGGAGGAAUGCCCAGCAUGGGCUAAAGAGCGCCGAGCCCUGGUUACAGUGGUAGGGCGGGACCUCUCCCUUCCAGCAUUGGUGAAAAUUAUGCUGGAGGAAGAGGAGAAAUGGAGAGCGGUCCUCUCCUUCUGCGAGCAAGUCAUGCUGCAAAAGGAGGAGGCGGAAAGAGAAAAGAGAGGGAAAAACCCACUUCCCCUCUUCAACAGGGCGGGUGGAGCCGGAGCGCAGCAAAAGCGCCUUGCGGCCCACCUAAGAAGGCGAAGGGUUUAG